UCUGGAGGCCUACUAUUUGUAUUAACGCAACGUAUCUGUGCACACAGGUACGUGCAGCCCAGAUUUGUCAAGAGUUAGGCUGAAAAAGCGAGAGAAAUGGAAGCUCAAAAUGAAGAGAUUUUGGUGCUCCAAUCCAUCUUUACCGAUCAGGAGUUCCAGUGGAACGACCACAAACGAAAGGGCCUCUUCUGGCUUGAAGUCAGUGUUCCCUCUGACUUUUCUGUGUUUCUCUCUGUGCAUGGGGCUGAAUCGCUUCUUAAGCAUUCAAUUGACUAUCUGUCGCCUCUAACGCUGGAGUUUGUCUUGCCUAGGGAUUACCCCGAGAUCUCUGCGCCACAAUUCGAAGUAAAAUGUGGAUGGAUGAGCCCAGAUUUGUCGGCAUCAGUUGUCGAGGGGUUGUUGGAGAUUUGGAAACGAGAUCAAGGUCCAAUCCUUUUUGCAUGGACCACUUUUCUCAAAGAACUGGGAUUCAGCCAUCUCGAUGGUGACAAUGGCAUGGAAGUGGAAACCCAGAGCAUCUUGACGGGCAUAUUGGCUUAUGACCAAGAUCAGAAGACAAAGAUCUUUCGGGAUGGCAUUCAAACCUGCCAGAUAUGUUUCAUUGACACUUGCGGUUGGGAUUUUGUGACCAUAUCCGGCUGCCAGCAUGCCUACUGCUCUGAUUGCUUGACUCACUAUUGUGUGGGAAAAAUUGAAGAUGGAGCAAUGAGCUCGAUUCCAUGUCCGUUUCCCGAUUGCACGCAUUCAAUGGAAACCCAGGUUGUGAAGAAACUAACGCCUUCUUCAUUGUAUGAGGCGUAUGAUGCCAAAUGUUUGAACUUGUUUCUUCGCACGAUUAGUGGAACAACUUGGUGUCCACGGGUCAAUUGUCAGUACCUUGCCGAAGUCCUUGAGGACCAAUGUGGACAGUGUCCCGACUGCGGGUUUGUUUUCUGCCUCACGUGUGGAAAGGCGUUCCACGGGCCAAGUAGUAUUUGCGAAAAAGACAAAGAACAAGCGGAAACGGUUGUUACCCAACAAAUGUCGGAGCCACAGUCGUUUCAAAGAAUCCUUCAGAAAAAGGGUCGGAUGGAAGUUCGGCGUCAUUUAGAUCGGAUUGUCGGUACCAUGUUUGGGUACAUGUCGCUUGCUGAACAAUCCCAAUUGGUCAGAAUUUACCUUGAUGCCGACGAAGAGAAGAAAAAGACUUACGAUGACUUUUUCGGUCGGCCUUUCAUUACCUACUUCUCGUUAUCGAAGUCUGGAAACUUUCCUAUUGCAUACAAGGGUUUUUUGCUUGCUUUUCAAGGCGAUAGAAAUGAAGAAGACCUACUGGAGCCCUACAAGCUCAUUAGUGCAUUUGCAAAUAUGAGCCCAUGUCCGGUCUGUUUUAUUCCCAUCGAGAAAACUGGGGGUUGCCAUCAUAUGCAUUGUUCAAUUUGUGGUGCCCACUUUUGUUGGGAUUGUUUGAAUCUAAUGAGAAACUGCAUUUGCUACUCUUGA